UUUAUCACAGUAGAUGUCUUUCUGAAAGUGCUGUAACUAAGUUUAAGAAUAUAAUCCACCCACUGUUAUCAUCUUCAAUGCCCUGUACCAACAUAGAGCAAAGCAGCUAUCUGAACGCUACUCCAACAGAGGUCGAUUAUCUUGUUAAUAAUUUUACCUCCUCACUACUUACGACUCUGGAUACUGUAGCUCUUGUGAAAACUAAGGUCUCAAAUCAGAAGUACCUGACUCCGUGGUAUAAUUCUCAAACACGUAGCCUAAAGCAGAUAACUCGUAAGCUGGAGAGGAAAUGGCGUGUCACAAAUUUAGAGGAUCAUCAUUUAGCCUGGAGAAAUAGUUUGCUGCUUUAUAAGAAAGCCCUCCGCAAAGCCAGAACAUCUUACUAUUCGUCACUGAUUGAAGAAAAAAGGAACAACCCCAGGUUUCUCUUCAGCACUGUAGCCAGGCUGACAAAAAGUCAGAGCUCUACUGAGCCAACCAUCCCUGUAACGUUAACUAGUAAUGACUUCAUGAACUUCUUCACAAAUAAAAUUUUUAUCAUUAGAGAAAAAAUUACCAAUAAUCAUCCCACAGAUGUAAUAUUAUCUACAGCUACUUUUAGUACCAUCGAUGUUAAGUUACUCUUUUUCUCCAAUUGAUCUUUCUGAGUUAACUUCAAUAAUUAAUUCCUCCAAACCAUCAACGUGUCUUUUAGACCCCAUUCCUACAAAACUGCUCAAAGAAGUCCUGCCAUUAAUUAAUUCUUCGAUCUUAAAUAUGAUCAACCUAUCUCUAAUAAUCGGCUAUGUACCACAGGCCUUCUAGGUGGCUGUAGUUAAACCUUUAAAUGGUAAAUGGCCUGUAUUUAUAUAGCGCCUUUAUGGUCCCUAAGGACCCCAAAGCGCUUUACAUAUCCAGUCAUUCACCCAUUCACGCACACAUUCACACACUGGUGAUGGCAAGCUAUGUUGUAGCCACAGCCACCCUGGGGCGCACUGACAGAGGCGAGGCUGCCGGACACUGGCGCCACCGGGCCCUCUGACCAGCGACACUUCUGUGACAGCUGCUCACUUCUAACCUUUACUUAAAAAGCCAUCUCUAGACCCAGCUGUCUUAGCUAAUUAUAGGCCAAUCUCCAACCUUCCUUUCAUAUCAAAAAUCCUUGAAAGAGUAGUUGUCAAACAGCUAACAGAUCAUCUGCAGAGAAAUGGCUUAUUUGAAGAGUUUCAGUCAGGUUUCAGAGCUCAUCACAGCACAGAAACAGCUUUAGUGAAGGUUACAAAUGAUCUUCUUAUGGCCUCUGACAGUGGACUCAUCUCUGUGCUUGUCCUGCUAGGCCUCAGUGCUGCGUUCGAUACUGUUGACCAUAAUAUCCUAUUAGAGCGAUUAGAACAUGCUGUAGGUAUUACAGGUACUGCACUGCAGUGGUUUGUAUCAUAUCUAUCUAAUAGACUCCAAUUUGUUGAAGUAAAUGGAGAGUCCUCUUCACACACUAAGGUCAAUUAUGGUGUUCCACAGGGUUCAGUGCUAGGACCAAUUCUAUUUACAUUAUACAUGCUUCCCCUAGGCAGCAUCAUUAGAAGACAUAGCAUAAAUUUUCACUGCUAUGCAGAUGACACGCAGCUCUAUCUAUACAUGAAGCCAGGUAUCACAGACCAAUUAGUUAAACUGCAGGAAUGUCUUAAAGACAUAAAGACCUGGAUGGCCACUAACUUUCUGCUUCUUAAUUCAGAUAAAACUGAGGUUAUUGUACUCGGCCCUGAAAAUCUUAGAAAUAUGGUAUCUAAGCAGAUUCUUACUCUGCUACGCAUUACCUUGGCCUCCAGUAAUGCCGUGAGGAACCUUCAGGAACAGUCAUUUUUGACCAGGACAUGUCCUUCAAUGCACAUAUUAAAAUAAAUAUGUAAGACUGCUUUCUUCCAUUUGCGCAACAUCUCUAAAAUUAGAAAUAUCCUGUCUCAGAGUGAUGCUGAAAAACUAGUUCAUGCAUUUAUUACUUCCAGGCUGGACUACUGUAAUUCUUUAUUAUCAGGAUGUCCUAAAAACUCGCUGAAAAGCCUUCAGCUGAUCCAAAAUGCUGCAGCAAGGGUACUGACAGGGACUAGAAAGAGAGAGCAUAUUUCUCCUGUUUUGGCUUCCCUUCAUUGGCUUCCUGUUAAAUCCAGAAUUGAAUUCAAAAUCCUGUUCCUCACAUACAAGGUCUUAAAUAAUCAAGCCCCAUCUUAUCUUAAUGACCUUAUAGUACCAUAUCACCCUAUUAGAGCACUUCGCUCUCGCACUGCAGGCUUACUUGCUGUCCCUAGAGUAUUUAAAAGUAGAAUGGGAGGCAGAGCCUUCAGUUUUCAGGCCCCUCUUCUGUGGAACCAGCUUCCAGUUUGGAUUCGGGAGACAGACACUAUCUCUACUUUCAAGAUUAGGCUUUAAACUUUCCUUUUUGCUAAAGCAUAUAGUUAGGGCUGGACCAGGUGACCUUGAAUCCUCCCUUAGUUAUGCUGCAAUAGACAUAGGCUGCCGGGGAUUCCCAUGAUGCACUGAGUUUUUCCCCUUCCAGUCACCUUUCUCACUCACUAUGUGUUAAUAGACCUCUCUGCAUCGAAUCAUAUCUGUUAUUAACCUCUGUCUCUCUUCCACAGCAUGUCUUUCAUCCUGUUUUCCUUCUUUCACCCCAACCGGUCGCAGCAGAUGGCCCCGCUCCUCCCUGAGCCUGGUUCUGCCGGUGGUUUCUUCCUGUUAAAAGGGAGUUUUUCCUUCCCACUGUCGCCAAAGUGCUUGCUCAUAGGGGGUCAUAUGAUUGUUGGGUUUUUCUCUGUAUUUAUUAUUGUGCUAUCUACUGUACAAUAUAAAGCGUCUUGAGGCGACUUUUGUUGUGAUUUGGCGCUAUAUAAAUAAAAUUGAAUUGAAUUGAAAUCAGAAACCACAGAAGUUACAAAUGGUAAAAUGGUAAAUGGCCUGUUUUUAUAUAGCGCUUUUUAUGGUCCCUAAGGACCCCAAAGCUCUUUACAUAUCCGGUCAUUCACCCAUUCACGCACACAUUGACACACUGGUGAUGGCAAGCUACGUUGUAGCCACAGCCACCCUGGGGCGCACUGACAGAGGCGAGGCUGCCGGACACUGGCGCCACCGGGCCCUCUGACUACCACCAGUAGGCAACGGGUGAAGUAUCUUGCCCAAGGACACAACGACCGAGACUGUCCGAGCCAGGGCUCGAACUAGUAACCUUCCGAUUACAAGGCGAACUCCAAACUCUUGAGCCACGAUCGCCCCUACAAGAAAAUACAAAGAUCAUAUUUUAUAAGCACACACUGAAACAACAAUAUCAUCAGUUGAACUUGCAAUUUCGGAAAAGAUUUUCGGAAAAGAUUUUCUUCAUUGAUCAAUAUUUCUUCAAUAAUGUCAUUUUAAUUAAAACUCUCAUUGUGUCACAUCAUUGUAAUGUGAUACUGCCACCAGAAGGUGGUGGAAACACACCUACAAUGUUUUUGUUGACAUGUUGAAUUCCACUGAUGGAGGGAGUUUCAGUUUGUUCCAUGACUGCAUUUCACUCACUGCUUCUGUUUGUAUCUCUGUCACUGCAGGACCAACAUGGAGCAAGAAGUCAGCGCUCUCAGGAGGCAGACAAACCUCACAGAAGAAAGGGAGAGAAAACCUACAGUUGUGAUGAGUGUGGAAAGUCUUUUACCCAGGCUGGAAGCCUAAAAACACACCAACUCACCCACAGUGGAGUUAAACCUUACAGCUGUGACUUGUGUGGAAAGUCUUUUACCCAGGCUGGACACUUGAAAAAACACCAACUCAUCCACAGUGGAGUUAAACCUUACAGCUGUGACUUGUGUGGAAAGUCUUUUACCGAGGCUGGACACUUGAAAAAACACCAACUCAUCCACAGUGGAGUUAAACCUUACAGCUGUGACUUGUGUGGAAAGUCAUUUACCCAGGUUGGACACUUGAAAAAACACCAACUCAUCCACAGUGGAGUUAAACCUUACAGCUGUGACUUGUGUGGAAAGUCAUUUACCCAGGUUGGACACUUGAAAAAACACCAACUCAUCCACAGUGGAGUUAAACCUUACAGCUGUAAAUUGUGUGGAAAGUCUUUUACCGAGGCUGGAGGCUUAAAAACACACCAACUCAUCCACAGUGGAUUUAAACCUUACAGCUGUGAGUUGUGUGGAAAGUCUUUUAACCGGGCUGGAAACUUAAAAACACACCAACUCAUCCACAGUGGAUUUAAAUCUUACAGCUGUGAGUUGUGUGGUAAGACUUUGGCUCAAAAUAGCAGCUUACAGAGGCAUCUAGUUACCCACUCUGGAAUUAAGGCAUACAGCUGCGACUUUUGUGGAAAAAGUUUCAGCGACAAACACUACCGAAAUAUUCACCUGCGGAUUCACACUGGAAAUGAAGUUUCCUGCUGUGAUCAGUGUGGGAAACCAUUUACAACAGAUGCACAGUUACAACAACACAUGUUUAGCCACACUGAGGAGAGACCUUACAAAUGUGACCUGUGUGAGAAGACUUUUAAAGCUCCAAAUCAGCUGAAAAAACACCAACAGAUCCACACCAGAAAGUAACUCUACAAGUGCAGUUACUGUGAGAAGUAGAGCAACGCACAUGGAUCCAUUUCUCAACCCUGUCGUCACUGUGGUGGUGGGAAAGAGUUUCUCUGUGACCUUUGUGGAAAAACCUUCAGUCAUGAACGGGACCUAAAACCACAUCAACGUAGACACACUGGAGGCAAAAUGAACUACUGCAAAGAAUGUGGGAGAGGCUUCCACACACCAAGUACAUAUACAUGAACUCUUCCACAGUGGGGUCAAGAAGCACAUAUGUGACCAGUGUGGGUCAUCCUUCACCACUGCACAUGAGCUUAAAGAAAAAGCAUAAGGGAAUCCACACAGGAGAGACACCAUACAAGUGCAGACACUGUGACAAAAGCUUCUCACAAUCAGGUCAUCGUAACAAACAUGAACGUACACACAUGGAAGUGAACUUCAGCUGUGACCAGUGUGACAAGAGCUUCAGGAAUCUCAGUUCAUACUCUGAACACAAACGAUUCCACACUGUAAAUUAACUGUUUCACUGUUACCAAUGUGCAAAAACAUUCACUUCAUUAUUUGCUCUGUGCAAACAUCAGCCUGAUCAUGCAGGACUGAAAUCACUGGAUCAUAAUGAAUCUGAAGAGAGAGAAAGAUCCUCUUCUGGUUUCAGGGUCAGACUUAAAAACCUUGAGAUCAGGCUCCACAGAGUUCAGAUGGAAUCUCCUGUAAAGAGUGUCAGCUGAUGUCACACUUGGAUCUGAUGAGGUAGCUCUGAUUUCUGGAGCUGCAGUGAAUAAUCCUGAAUAUUACAUUUAGGAAGCUGCAUGUAUAGAUAUGUAUAUCAAGUUUAUGUUAUCUCUGUUACAUUUUAGUCUUUGUUUCCUUAGGACACAGUAGUGUUUAGUAGUUGUACUUGUUACUGUAUUAUUAAAGUUAUAGGAAUGUCUUUUUUUACCAAACUAAUAAACU